AUGUCACAGGCUAAAAGCGGUAGCUCUCCUAAUGCAGAUUUUCCAGUUCGAGAGCUUUCAUAUUCCUUUGUUAAAUUACUGACCGAUGUAAAUCCAUCGCCUUUAUUAAAGGCACUUGAACUUCUUCGAAAUUUUUCGCUGACAGCUUCAUCAACGUCGUCAACGCCAACGGCAUCGACAACGACAAGUGAUAAUGAAGCUGAAAUUGAAUGCUUAAUCAAAGCAUUCAAGUACCUAAAAGAUAAAGUUCAACACAGUGGCGUAGCCGGUGAUGAUGCAGCUCUCGUCUCAUUAGUCACUGAUACAUUGAUAGUUCCCUGUUAUCGGUUCUAUUCGACGCACAACAUAUUUUCGUUGCCUUUCUUUCAAUUGUUCUAUCUAGUUAUAUCCCAUCAAUCCGUAUCAAACAAUGAAAACUAUCUAUUCUCGAUCGCCGUUAUUAUUUCGCGUUCAAAGCUUUAUCCACCAGAAUCCACAAUUAUGAGUAUUGGCAAAUGGUCUAAGAAUGCUUGGCUUGGUAAGCAAAUUGGUCAAAGUUCAUUAACGAAUACGUAUUCUUACCGAUCUGGAAAACCAUUUCCAUUUGCACCUGGCUCGCAGCUAUGUAAUGCGUUAUCUGAUGAUAAUACGUUUCCUUUGGAUAUCACUGAACAGUACGUUUCUUUCAUUGAAAAAGCAAGACAAUCGCAACGUACAAAUGCGGAUGAACUCGCUCUUCUACAGGAUAUUUUAAAUCUACUACUUCAUUUAGAAUUUAUUUUAAAAGCAUUUGCAAAUGCCGAUCAUUGUCUAUCAUUGAUGCUUUCUUUUGCCAUACAACGCCAACGGAUACUUGAAGUACAAUUAGUAGAUGUCACAAAUUUAUCAGCAAAAUCACAGUUAACAUCCAUUAAAAGUCAAAUGUUAAAUCAAUUGCACUACAUGCCUAGUUCGAACAAUAAUGAAGCCAAAGUCAUUCUAGCUGAUUGUAAAGUCAAAUGGACUGAUGGUAGAGAAUUCAUGUAUCAUAGUAGUAAAAUUCAUGAGCGACCAUCCUUUCUACCGCCCUUUUCUGAAAUAUUGAAGUAUGCACACGUUCAGCAACAAAAUCAUGAUGAUGUCGAUGCUGUAGUACGCUGGAUAUUAUUAUUACAAAAGAUUCAUCAAUUAUUUACAAAAACUUUAGAAACGACAGAAUCAAACUAUCAGUUAGCAGAGAUGAAUCUGACAGAUUUUCUCCUUUUUUUUCUAUUUAACAAUGAUGAACAAGUACGACAUAUGGGUGCACAAUUAUUUAUUAGCUUUGUUCAAGAUUUACCUCAAUCGAAUCAUGUCAGCUUGCCACCACUGAUAUCAUGUUCAAUUAUUAGGAAUAUAUUACAAAAGAUGAUUACAAAUGAAACCUCGUAUAUUGACGAAAUUCUAUUAACUGCAUGCUUGAAUCCAUUAUUGGAUUGGCCGAUCGAUGAUCUUUGUUUACUUUUAACAAUGUUAGCUAUGAAAUUAAGUGAAGUAUCAAAAGCAGUCGAUCGUUAUCAAUUAUGGUUCCAAUUCUUUGUCGACAUUCUCAAUCAUAAUUUCGAUCGAUUAAAAUUAUCACAGACAAUUACGAAUAAAAAUUUCAUUGAAUUUAGUCAACAAAUUCAAACAUCACUAUUCGUUCAAUUGAUGCAUUCAACACUACGAAAUUCAUUUCCAGGAUUGAAAUUCAUCAUUAAGCAUGUGAAAAAAGAUUGGAUUAAAGUUAUACUCGAAAAUAUUGAUGCACAACGAGCACACAUUGAUUUUGUUGAAUUAUUGAAAAAAUGUCGUCAAUACGCUUUUGAUCAAUGGCAAAUAUCUACAAGUUUCAAUCUUCUUCUCUCGUUAAUACAAGCUCAUCAAAUUGAUAAUCCAACAUUAGUAUUAGAACUUCUCAUAUUACUAGAAAAAGCGUUUGAUUCACAAUCGCAACAUAAACUACGCUUAAAAAAUAUUGAUUUCACUAGUACCAUUAAAACGAUAGGUAAUUUACUUGAUCGUAUAUUUUCUACCAAUAAUAAUGAUCAACCAGCAUGGAAUUCCUCAUUUCGUCAUCGUCUUUUUUCAUGUACCAUUUCGGUUAUUCUUCAUUUGAUCAAUCAAACAGCAACAAGGACUUCGAUCAUUGAUGCCGUUGAUUUGAAGCGUAUUGUCGAAUCAACAGUACUACUCUCAAUUGAAUAUAAACAAAUGUUACGAUUAUUCAAUUUUAUUCUUCAAUUAAAACAACCAGCACUCAUUCAUUCAUGGCUCAAUAAUCUAUUAAUAAUGGCGGCAUUUACCAAUGAGAAUUUAAAUGAACAAGAAAAACUUGAUUAUAUUCCAUCGAAUGAAGCACACUUUUCAUUUUAUCUUCGACCAUCAACUACGCUCGAAUAUUUUGACAUUUAUAUUCAUGAUCUUAUUGAAUUAUUACGAGAAAAACUCGAUCAAGUUGUACAUCUGAUUUCAAUGCCAUCAUUUAGUUUCCUCUCAUCGUUCAUUCAACAAUCAUUGCCGAUGUUUCUUCAGGGCCUCUUACAUAAAAAUUCAAAUGUACGAGUGUCAACUGCCCGUUUAGUUGGUCGUGCAUUGAAUAUUCAAUUCGAUGAUCUUAUGAAACUACUAGCUAGUUUGAAAGAUCAGAAUGACGAAGAUUUCACUACGAAAACAACAUCAUCCAUACCAUCGCUGGAUACAAAUCAUGAUCAACAACCAAUGUUAGCGCAAAAUCAAUCAAUGUCGAUGUAUCUUUUAGAACGUGAAUUGAAACGUUCAAAAUCUCAAAUACCAUUUCGUCUUAUAAAAAGAUCCGAUUUUCAAGCAUUGGCUGCUGAUCUAGAGAAAACAACUCUGAUGGAAGAUAGCUCAUCAACAGAUUCGAAUAGUUUAGAUGGUAUAAAACAUUUGAUUAGGCCAUGUCCUGAAGAAUUUCGUCAUUUGAUACCUAAUCGUCGAACAUUACCGUCGCUAGUACAAACCAAAACAAUGUUGAACAAUCGUAAACGAAUCAUUGAAUGUAUACGAACACCAAUUCAUUUAUUAUUACAAGGAGAAACUGGUGUCGGAAAGAGUAGUUUGAUUCUUGAUGUUGCUGCCGAUCUUAAAAAACCGUUGAUUCGUUUUAAUCUAUCAUCAAAAACUGAUAUUGGUGGGCUAUUUGGAUCGGUUAAAUUAAAAACAGUCACCAAUACUAAUAAAACACAACAAGACAUCGAAUUGGACUACGAAGAAGGCCCAUUCACAACUGCAUAUCGCCAUGGCCAUUGGCUUUUAUUAGAUGAAAUGAAUUUAGCACCGCCAAAUGUUCUUCAAGCUAUUGAACAAGCAUUAGAAUCAGGUGUUUUAAUAUUACCUAAUAUCGAAGAUGACGAUAAUGCAAAUACGAAUGAACAGCAAAAUCAAACCAAACAAAAUUAUCGUGUCUAUCAAGUGCAUCCAGAAUUUCGUCUUUUUGCAACACAAAAUCCAUCAACUGGCCAAUAUAAAGGAGCACGUGAUGCUCAAUCAACUGCUUUACUUAGUCGUUUCAGUAUUUUUAUUGUUGAAGGACCACAAACUGAAGAGUUAGCUAGCAUUGUCGCUAAUCGAUUAGAAAACGAAAAAUUUCCAUUUGUUACACAAGCCACACAAAUGGUCAAAUUACAUUUAACUAUCAUGAAUCUCAUUAAAGACAAUGAAUUCAAGGAACGAAAUAAAAGCUAUACAGAAAUAACAAUUCGAGAACUUUUUCGAUGGUGUCAAAGUUUAUGUGAUUAUGAAAAGAUGUUGAACAAUGUUUCGCAAUCAGUCAAAAGUCUUGACGCAAAUACAUUCGGUCAAAUAAUCAGUGAGCAAGCUUUUGCCACCUAUGGUCUAAGAUUUCGUGAACGACAAUGUCAAAUUCAAAUUGCUUCGUCAAUUGAAAAAUUAUUUCAAAUCAAUCCUCUGUCGACAUCAAAAUUAGUAGUAGAUUUUCGAAGCGCUAAUUCAAUUUCAUUUCUUUCACAAAAGCGUUUAUUAUUACAAAUGCCAAUGAUUACACUCGAACGUGUUCUCAACGAUUGGCCAUCGCACAUAUUAAAGCCAACGAGUACUCAAGAAAUUGAAAAAAUCGUUAAAAUUCAUAGUGCUAUUUUUAAACGAUUGCAUGAUGGACCGAUAACACAAAUUUACGAUUGUUCGUAUGAAUUGUUCAGAUCAGUACUAGAACGACGAUAUGGAUCUGAUAUGAGUACACUACCUGAACUGCUCGUUGAAACCUAUGCAAACUUAUGUCGAGAUAGAAAUCAACGAGAGAGCAUUAUUAAAUAUAUUGGAACGGAGUUUCGGGAACCUUUAGAGACUUUAAUUGAAGCUGCUGCAUCACUUUCAUCGGCUCGCUCAUCAUUUUAUAUCGAUGAUGAGACAAAUCGUAUCGCACAAUUUAUUUUAUCAUCAUCUCCAUCACAACCUAUUCUAAUCGUUGGUUCUGAAGGUUGCGGUAAAAGCCAUCUUGUUCAAGCCAUAGCCACGUUGACUAAUGUUCAUUGCCAACAUUUAUAUUUAACUCCGCAAACGGAACCAGCAGCACUUGUCGGCUCUCUUGUUCCACAUCCAAAACUGCCACAAUGGCAUGAUGGUGCUGUCAGUGAAGCCAUCGCGAAAGGUCAUUGGCUCAUUCUUGAAAACUUUUCUGAAGCAUCAUCAGCUGUUCUCGAACGUCUUAAUCCGGUUCUUGAACAGCCAGUUCAAUGGGUAAAAGUAGAAAAUAAUGAAACAGAGCCAGUUUCUGUGUCGCCGAAUUUCCGUAUCAUUGCUACGAUGUCACCGCCCACUGGACGACUACAAAAUGCAUCGAUUGAAACAAAUCAUGAGCUCACGCCUGCAUUAUAUAAUCGAUUCUUGAUUAUUCAUUAUCAAGGUUUAAACUUAUCGUCCUUAGAUGUCUACAAGAAUGUGUUUACUUCUUAUUUUCCGAUCGAUGAGCAACUCAUCAUAAAUAAGCUUUGCGCGGAAAUUCAAUCUCAAAAAUUAACAACAAGACAAUUAGUUCAAUUCGUCGAUUGUGCAUUCAAAUUACAGCAUUCGAAAGCAACAGAGAGACUUAACUUAGAUCUAUCUUCAGUUUUACUGUCAGCCUAUGAACUAGUAUUCAAUAUUGAUUUAACAUCAUCAAGCGAAAAUGAAAAUAUUAAAAUAUAUUUACAAAAACAAGCCAGAAACAAACCAAUAAAUUUCUUCGAUCUAUCAGCUCCAAUUGAAGAACGUAACAAGCAUCGCGAACAUAUCAUUGAUUCUGAAUCGACACCAACACGAUACGAAGCAGCGAAACGUCUGUGUGCAUCCAUCAUUUGUGCGCGGCCGGUUCUUCUCGAAGGUCCUGCUGCCACUGGUAAAACAAGUUUAAUUGAAUAUAUUGCACAAUGUAAUGGAAAAGUUCUCUAUCGUGUCAAUAACACGAAAGGAACUACGAUUCAAGAUUAUUUUGGUUCAUAUAUGCCCAAUGGUGAAUUUCUUAAUGGAGCUCUAUCACGUGCGAUGUUAGAUGGAAAUUGGUUUGUUGCCGAUGAAUUCGAUUUGGCCGAGCCGGCUGUUAUGAAUGUUCUCUAUCCGAUUUUAGAAGGUCAACAGCAACUAACUGUUCCCAAUACUGGGCAAACAUUAGUUGCACGUGAUGGAUUUAGAUUUUUUGCAACACAAAACGGUACAAGCUAUGUUGGACGAAAACAAUUACCGAAAACGUUACGCUCACGAUUUUUAGAAAUUCAAUUUCAUUCGUUCUCUGAAAAAGAACUCGAAUUUAUUAUUAUACAGCGAAAAUCGACAUCAACUGUUUCGACAGCAUCGGAAGCAUUCAAUAAUGAUUUAAAAACUUUUGCACCACUUAUAGCAUCGUCUGUGACUAUUCUGAAUCGUCAUGUUGAAGACUCGCAACGACCGAUAUUUGGUGCAGCAAAACUCGGCUUAACAAUGCGAGAAGUUAUCAAAUGGAUUAAUCGAAAACAACGAAAAUCUGAUGUCAGUUGGGAAGAACACGCGCUACGACUGUUAGAAUCGCGUGUACCGAAAAAAUUCUAUUCUGAAUUCAUCAAAUGUCUCCAGCACAAGGAAGCGUUUCCAGAACUCAUCGAUCCUUCGUUUAAAAUCAAAAUUGAACCUGAUCAUAUUGAUCUUCAUUGUGCACCUCGUUUGCCUAUAUCCUAUUCUUUUGUCGAUAUCGAUGCAGUUAAAACUCUGCAAUUGUCUUCGGCACCACAAAAUUUACUUCUUUCACUUUGGCGAAUAUUUGCAGCUACAGAUCAACAUGAACCAGUUCUUCUACUUGGUCCAACUUGUUAUAAAUCAUAUUUGAUCAAACUAUGGUCGAAAUUAAUGGGAAAAGAAUCUGACAUUUGCACAAUUACAUGUUCAACAUCAACAGAAACAAAUGAUCUGAUUGGUUCGAUCAGACCCUACACACAUGCUGAUGCAUUAAAUCUAUUGUUUAACUGUUUAAAUCAACUGUGUACACGUAUAGAAAAGAGUUUCUCGGAAACAAUUACUUCAAGUCAACACGAUGACUUUAAUGAUUUCCGACGAAGUAUCAAUAGCUUAGCUCAAGAUAUCGAUACAUUUGUACGAAAAAUAAAAGAACAACAAAAACGAACGCCGAGAAAACAUCGAACAAAAAUAGCACAUACAAGCGAAUAUCUAGAGAACGGCGAGAACGAAACACAAUUGAAUGAAAAUACUGAAGAUCAGAUGAAAGAGUAUGUAUAUAUACCAUCGACAGUUUCAGUUCCGCGAGCACAAUCACCGUCAGCCAUGUCAAAGAGCACAUCCAUAAUCUAUAAUGAUGAUGAUGAUGAUGAUUUUGAAGCUGUUUGCAGUUCUGGACAACUUAUAGAUAUUAUGUCGAACGAUACGCAUAAAGAAGAAGAAGAAAUUGAUCCAUUUGCAGCGUUUAUCGAUAAACGAGAAGAGAUCGAUCCGUUUGCAAUGGUCAACAAUCAACAAGAAGAAAUCGAUCCUUUCAGCAUGAUACAAAAUAGUAAUGUCUCAACUAAUUAUGAAAAUACUGCGAGCAUGCCAUUGGGAACACAAGGACAAGAAGAUAUCGAUCCAUUUGCAAUGAUACAACCAGUCGAACUCACUGAAGAGCAAAAUCUUCUGGCAUUUCAUGAUGCUACACAGCAUGAUUUUCAACAAAUGACAACGUCUUCUGCUUCAAUCGCAUUCUCAGAUGAGCAAGGUGCCAAUCUAGUUCCUCAAGCAUUCGAAGUUGUUGGUCUUAAACUUGAAACUAUUUGCGAACGUCUCGAUUAUAUAUGUAAACUUGCAUCGAAUGAGAAUGGUGUUCUACUAAUAAAAGCUCGUUGUGAAAGUAUCAUUGCAGAAAUUCGACGAGCCAUCGAACAAGGAAAAUCGAACAUCUUUCUAUUUCAAGAUGGUCCAGUUACUACCGCUGUAAAAGAAGGUAAAGUUUUAAUCUUAGAAGAUAUCAAUGAACCGUCGCAGGCUGUUAUUGAACGUCUCAACAGUCUAUUUGAAACUGAACCAUCAUUUAUUCUCUACGAAGACUUUACUGCUCAAGAAACAACAGCAAAAACCGGUAUUAAUCCACAACGUGCUAAAAUUCCGAUUCUAUCGACAUUUCAAGUAUUUGCAACUGUACACACAGAUGAGAAAACAGAAAAUCGUUUGCAAUUGAGCGCAGCAACACGAUCAAGAAUGACAGAAAUACGUGUUCUACCUUAUGACAACAAUGAAUUACAACAGUUAGCAACAAAAUCGCGAUUAGAUCAUGUCAAAAAUGAACAUAUUCAAUUAGAAAUGAAUAAAAUGGUCGAUAUUCUAGCUAAUAAACUUGCUCCAACAUUGGCUCAAGCAAUGAAAAUCGAUUCAUUGGAUUCCCGUCAUUUUGUUCGUUUUGGUGAAUGUUUGCAAUUACAUCUUGAACAUAUGCCUAUCGAACAAGCAGCUGCACUUUGCGUUAAAUUUCUAUUUCUUGACGGUGUCAAUGAAGUCAAAAAAUCGUCUAUCUCGAAUUUACAAACAGCAGAUGUAGUCUGGCAAAAUGUACUGAAAGAAUUUAAUUGCACCAAUGAUUGUAUUACGACUGAUAAAAAACUCGAAGAAGCAGGUGUUUAUACACGACUUGAUGAAUGGUGUGCAGUAGAAGAUAUGAUGAUAUUUGAUAAAGAGACGAAACAACUACGAAAACAUUGGGGUUUACGUCUUCUAUCGAAUGGUUUGAUAGCACCAUUUGCACCACAAGUAAAAACUAAACCAGACAAACUUAAAUUUCCUCUUGCUCUAACAAAAUCUGUCUUUAAUAAUAUAUCACGAAUCAUGUUUUCAUUACAUUCAUCCAAUCGACAAUUAUUAGCCGGUCCGCCAGGUGUUGGUAAAACAAAAAUCAUUGAAGUUCUAGCGAAAAUGUUAGGAUACAAUGUUGUUCGUAUCAAUUUUAGUAGUAAUACUACAUUUGAAGAUCUUAUCGGGUCGUUCGUACCGCGGGUUGUUGGUGGACAAAGAUCAUUUGAAUUUCAAGAAGGGCCGUUGUACAUUUCACUGAAUGAAGAUCGUCAAAAUACGGUCAUUUUAUUCGAUGAAUUAAAUUUAGCACGUAAAGAGUUAUUAAAUCAAUUGUCACCAUUAUUUGGCAACGAAAAAGAAUUGUUUAUACCUGCACUAGCAAAAUCGAUUCAAAUCGAUGGUUCAAUUAUUGUUGCUGCUAUGAAUCCAGCUUCGAUUGGUGGUGGCCGAGAGAAAUUGCCUCGUUCAACUCAAACACAUUUUAUUCAAGUUCAAUUGGCAUCAUUCGAAGUUCAUGAAUUAAUGCACAUCACCAUUUCAUUGUUGCGUCCUCAUCUUGAUGCAGGCUAUCUAACUGAGAAACUCGUUGAGAAGAUAAAUAUGUUUCAUUUUGAAAUAAGCGAAAAGGCACGACUUCGACAGAUUGGUCGUCUUGGCGGACCGUACGAUUUUAAUCUUCGAGAUAUUGAAAAACUAUCAAAUUUAAUUGCAGCACAUUCAGUAACACAUCGAGCUCAUAUUAGUCUUUCAGAAACGAUAACACCACCAAUAACAAAUACAACUGAUGAUGAAAGUGUUGGUAAAAUCGAAGAACAGAACAUAAUUCGUAGUCUACAUGUUUACUUGGAUAUUGUCUAUGCCUCUCGGUUCGAAUACGUUGCCGAUCAAACUUUAGUUCGUGAAAUGAUACGACAGCAUUUUACUUUGGAUACGCCCACUGGAGCAGCGAGUUGCCAAGAAUUGAUUGAUAGUGAUUUAAAUUUGCAAGGUUAUACACGACUCGGCUUCGUCUAUAUCGAGAAAAAAGAAUAUCCGUCGACGUACAGGCCAUGCAUUCAUAGCAAACGAACAUUGGAAAGACUACAACUAUUAGCAGCAGCUACAGUGAGUAAAGCGACAGUUUUGAUUGAAGGAGGUGAUUGUUCGGGCAAAACAGCUACUGUUUGUGAAUUAGCUCGCAUAUGUGGGCGACGCUUAUUGGUAUUGAAUCUCAAUCAUGAAACAACAACAUCAGAUUUGCUGGGCUCGUGGACUGUGAUCAAUAAACAUUCUUAUGAUAAACGUCGCAAACAGAAUAGUAAACAACUACUCAAUGACAUCAUUCGUUUUGCAUUGGCUGUACUUAUACCAUUGUUACAAAAAUUUGACGAAUCCGAACAAUUGAUUCGUACAAUUGCACGUAUGCUUUUUCAAUGGGAACACGAAAAGAAUGAUCUUGCUCUUGAUGCCUACAAACAAUGUCGAAUAUUAUUGGAAAAUGCGUUACAGCAUUCGCACGAAACAUAUGUCGAACUGAUUUCACAAGAAAUAGAAAAAUAUCUCGAUAUACUUGAACAAGUUGAAGACGACUAUAAAUUGGUGCAAAACCUUGGCGAAGGACUGACAUUUACUUUUAACAAAGGACCUUUAAUACAAGCUAUGGAACGUGGUGAUUGGAUUCUAUUAGAUAAUGUUAAUUGUGCUCGUGGAGAUGUUAUCGAACGUUUGAAUUCCUUAGCUGAAGCUGAACCAACAUUAACUUUAUACGAAUCAGCAACAUCUCAACAGUACAGCCGUGGAAACGGUAUUCAUAGUGAUUUUCGAUUGUUUGUCAUCGCAAAUAAUAAUCGAAAAAUGGCAAAUAAACUAUCCAGUGCUUGGAGAAAUCGAUGUUUAAUUAUACGAAUGCAACCGUUAGAUGAUGAAUUAACAGUUCAUAAUGUUGAUCAACAUGAUCUAUCGGAAAUUGUCAAAGGUGAACUUCAAGGAAUCAAUGGGGGCCAAGAACUCACGCAUACAUUGCUACGUUUGCAUGCGUCAGCAAAAGAGCUAUCGAACACUAAAGAUUUACAAUUUAUUACAUCGUAUCAAUUAUCUUAUCAAAAUAUAAAACGGUCAGCACGUAUCCUACGAACAUACGCAAUGAAUGAACGCGAUCCGGUAUUUGCAUUAAAACCAUCGAUCUUUCGAAGUUAUCUCGAUCCGAUUUUAAAUCCUAGUGGAAAAAUAUCUUUAAUCAAAAGCUUCAUUCAACAUUUGUCGAAUGCCGAACUGAAUAAAACAACUUACACGACUCUACCAAUGCUUUCAUCCGUGGUUGGAAUAGAAAAUCGACAUCAACAAAUGGCCUGGUAUAGAUCAGCAGAGAAUCUACACGAUUUAAUUGCAUCAAUCGAAGAAUGCACAUUAGAUCUUCACUUGAGAGUUAUCAAUCAGUACAUUAACGAAGAAGCGUGCCUCAAAGAAGACUUUAUCGAUUAUGGUCUGUUUUUAUUGGAUUAUCUUCAACCAUUACUAAAAUCCAAAGAGGAAACCAUCUCAGAUGAUCUCUUUUCGCAAGUUUCAACUAUUCGAUCACGAGUUCUACUCAAUGAUGCACUUCAAUCAAUGGUACUAGGUGCUGAUUUGAAAAAAUUGCUUCUUAAAAUUCAUCAAUAUUUAUUGUCCACAAGAAUUUUACUUUCACUUGAUAAUACUGAAGAUUCGUUACAUCUAUUAGAUAUCACUGUUCAAGAAUGUUAUAAGCAAAUUAUUAAUUUUGUCGAGCAAACGUCAUUCAUCGAUGCACCGUAUCGUCUUUCAGAAUUGCAACGAUUGAACAACACAAUUCAAAAACUCUCCUCAUUAUCGAAAAAAUUGCAAAUCAUCUGUAAGCUAUCGCGAUCAUCAAUUAUAGCUCAUUGGAGCGUUAUGAUUCAGAAUGAUCUCGAUAAACUUCUCAUCACGGAAACAUAUAUGAAAUGGGUUUCGUUUCCAUGUCAACAAAUGGCGAAGAAAGAUCUACACAUUCUUUUGCAAACGCAAGAAUUCAUUCGGCAACAAAACCAAACGAAUGUUGACGAUGACGAUAACGAUUUUCAUGCAGCAUUGAAGCUAAUCAACGUACAUCUACAAAAAGUACAAUCAAUUCCAAUAGUAUCUUCAGCUGAUCAACGAUUGGAUAUCAUAUUAAAGUUAUGCCAGUAUCUUUCAAUAAUGAAAGAAGAUCAAUUUAUUUUAUUAGCCGCAUCGAAAUUAGAAUUAAAUGUUGCAUGCAAAUUUUCGAUGAAUCUUAUGAUUAAAUCGGAUUUUAUAGAGAAAAUGGACGAACAACAAACGUUAUUGAGUUCAUCGAAUUUACUUGCCAGCUUGAAUUCUUUGUAUUUCAUUCAUACGAUACUUAAUGUUAUCUACGAAGAAGUAGCAUCGUGUAAAGUUCAGCUCGAUGAUAUUCAAAGUCGAUACCGCUCUCAAGAGCACAUGCUAGUCAAGAAUAUUGAAGACGUCAAGAGAAGAAUUACAGAAAUUCAUCUGAAAAUUGAUAGUCUUCUAGAAUCAGUAUCAGAUAAAACAUCAAAUAUUGACGUAGAACUAGAUACAGUUCAACAAGAAGAAAAUACAUUGAAUGAUACAAAAGCCAGACACGAUACAGCACUAAAAAAUAUCGAACAACUGAAUGAGAAUAUCAGAACUUUAUUCUUACCAUUAAGACAAGAAUUGAAAAAGUUCGAAGCUAAUGGAUGGCUUCAAAUUAUUCAUGACUAUGGCUGUAGACGACAAGAAAAUAUUAUAAAUGAGUUACUCUGCACCAUAUCGAAAAUCUAUUUGAAAGAAUACGAAUCAAGUCAAACAUAUUCAUCAUCGAAUAUACUCGACGAAGAACGAAAACAGUUAAAAUCUGACGUUCUUCGGCAGCAUGUUUUUAAGAAAGUCAAUUUUGAUGAGAUUAAUACAGCACAUGGGCGUGCAAGUCUUACUCUGAUGCAACUUAUCUAUCCUGAACUGUUCGAACAGAAUAUUCUUCUGUUUGUAUUCAGAGAUGAUAAUGCACAUUUAACAAUUAAUAAUUGUUUGGAAACAACUAAUGCAAUCGAUAUUAUUGUCAACGUUCGUUUGACGAAUUUUAUACUGAUCGAUAAACGUUCGUACAAUAGGUACUUAACAAAUGAAUCUGGUAUAGCUUAUUUCAGUCAAAAGAUUUCAUUUCGCUAUUUUGCGAUUGAACAUCAAAUGGAUUCAAAUACAGUCGACAAAAAUUUUGUUCAGUUAAUUGAUCGAUUUACGAAUGAAAUAAAACAAAGAUCCACUGAUACUGAUAUCGAUAUAGAACGAAAAUUCAUUACGGUGAACAUUGAUAAUGAUUUAGCAUACUUUAUCUUACCAUAUGCAUUACAACAUAUUUUUCAUAAUUCUGAUAUAAAUGAUGAUUUCAACUCGAUGAUCGAACCUACCUAUUUACAACAACUCGAUCUCGAUGUUCAAAAUUGGAUUCAAAAACAAGUACAACUAGGUACCAUUCGAAAUGAACAACAUACUUAUCAAAAUCUUGUUGAAAAUGAAAUUCACGCAGACAUUGAAUUUCUAUUGAAAAUUGUUGAUCAAGUAAAGACGAUUGCAAAUCAAACAUUACCAUCGGCGCCUAUCAAUAUUUCACAACUGGCCAAGUUAGUUAACGAAACACGUCAAGAUUUAGGUCGACAAGUCAUAACAAAGUUAGAGAGAAAACUAGAGGAUACAUUAGAAAUGUGCAUACCAAAAGAACCAAUAGCGAAAGCACGAACACUGAACAUAGUCGAAAGAAAACAAUUUCAAUAUCCUGUUUUGAAUCAAUUGAAACGAUUCUUAGUCGAUCCACAUACUAGAUUUCAUGUAUUCAUAUCAACCCUAAUCGAUCGUCUACAUAUGAUUCAAGCGAAACUAUUACAAAUAAUUUUACGCUAUCGAACAAAUACAAAUGAAAUCGAUUUCUAUAAGAAAUCGCAUCAGAUUUCAAAGCUUCUGAUCAACAUCAUGAAAUAUACGAUGGAUAGUGUCGAUACAUAUGGUAUAAAAAUAUCUGUUGAAACAUACUAUGAAACUAUGAAAUUGUACAAUGACGAUAUACUGAAACAUGUUGCUUAUUCGCAAUUUAAAACAGUUGAACAAUUAACAACGAAUGAAAUCGAUGAUUUUAAAUUGAUUACAAAAGCUGAACUAGAUAAUAUCAUUCAAAACACUAACAUCCCUGAAGUUGUUCGACCAACAGAAUCAUCUUCAUUUCAACCACCAACUACCAUAAUUAAAAGAAAUGCUGAAGAAACAAUGUUAGAUCGUCAAAAUGAAGAAUUAACAAAAGUGGAAAAAGAAUUAGAACAGUUACGACAAUUAGCCAAACAAAAUGGCCUAUCACGAAUACAAUAUGCUAUUGUGAUGUUACUAAUGGAAUUGCAUGAAAUAAAACGUAACAAGACAAUUUUGAAUGAACUCGGGCUUUUGCAUUGGCGAAAAUCACCAAAACAAUUGCAACGACAAAUCACAGCUGAAUCUAUCGAACGUAAAAAAUCUGAUAUCUUUAAUAUAAAACGAUUUAAACAUGAAAAAUCAAUCGAUGUUACACCUGAUAUGCUUGAGAAGACGAUCAGAUAUGCGAGUGACACUACUUAUGAUUUUUCAGAUAACGAACGAAAUCGUCUCGUUACUUUAGUUCAAUCCUUAAUGGAGGAAAAAUUUUCCGGGAAAGAUGAAGCUUUAGAAUUUUUAACCGAUUAUUUUCAACAACAAACAUAUGAAUCAAUGUGGACCAAUGUCGAAAAGCUAAUCUACGAUCUGUGUUCAUCGAAUGCGGGUCAUUUAACUGUUCAAUCUAUUAUUGAUAAUUUGAAAUCACUCAUGGCCAUAUUUAUCUUUCUCGAUUCCACUUCGUUGGCUGAGACAUGUAGAGAACUUUUACAAUUCUGUCAAGAACAUGCAAAAGGUGAAGAGGAUCGUUUUAAUUUGCCGGAAUUGCGUUUAAAAGAACUUCAAACGAAAACAUUGGAAAAUAUCAUUCAACAACGAUCGAAUCAAUUAAAACGUUUAAAUCCUUGCGAUAAAUCGAAACUUCUACUAAUAACAUCGGCUGAUCAAGAUAUUCAAACGUAUGAAUUAAUUCACAUAUAUCCACUUCUUGUUCGACUCUACGAACGACGUGAAGCUCUUAUGCGGAUCUUACACGAUCAAGCAAAUUAUAAUCAAUCAGCUGGAAUGCAGCUAUCUUAUCUUCGGCUGUCCGAUAUAAUUGCUCUUCUAUUUCCUGAAUUACCUGUACUAUUCAUGGAAACACUACAAUUGGAUGACUUCACUUUCAAGUAUAUUGAAAAAUUGAAAAAAUAUUUGGCAUCUCCCGAGUUUCGAACAACUAUCAAAGAUUUACACGUAGAACGAUUUACUUUAAGGAAUGGUAAAGAUGAAUCUCUAUCUCUAUUGUCAUUUGAUAGUUCACAAGCAACAAACAAGCUUGUCGAAUUCAUGAGAAGUUUAAUUAAUAAAAUGAAUGAAUCAGUUGAAAUCGAGGAUCUAAAAAAUCAUUGGUUUUAUCAGUUGACCGAAAGUAACGAAUAUCAUUCAUUUUUUGCUCUCGAAAUACAAUCGUUAUUGAGUAAACUAUUCGAUGAAAUGCAAGACAAUUUGUCUCAAUUCACGAAGCAACUGGGUGUGUCCGAUUCUUGUACAGCAACUAAUUAUUUGAAAUUCUCUAGUUCCAUUGUUCAAGCAACUGGACGAGAUUUUCAACAAUGUAAAGCUCGAAAAGCUACAAUUGAAAAAGAACUCAUGUCUCCCACGCUGCUUGAUUACAAGCGUCGAGAAUUAGAACGAGAAAACAGUAAAAUCAAUGAUGAAUACAUUACACUCGAAAAAGACUAUCAAAAAUUUUUAAAUGGAGUUGCCGUUGAACGAAUACGACGACUUUUAGAAGUCAAUCGUCAAUUACAAGUGAAGGGCAAUUAUUUACCGUCACAACUCAUCGAAAAACUCGACAAACCAAAAUCAGAAGCCAAUAGUAAUCAACAACAGCAACAAAAAUUAACAACAUCUAGUGAAUUCUAUGCAACUUUAUUUAGCGCAAAAGCAAGCCUGUUAAAGAUGAAUUUAACCGAAUUUAAUCAAUUGAAAUCUCGUGUUACUGAAUUCAUUGAAAAACUGAGAAAUGAGUUGGCAAAGUCCUAUGAUGAAUAUCAUGAAGCACUCAAAUGGUUAAUGCCAGAUGAUAAUCUCUAUCAAAUAUUCACGCGUUUCCUAUUAGCAUACAAAUUAGCACAUACUCAACUACUGAAUUCAUUUGAAAAUUGGCUCAAUGACAUGAUUCAUCAACGGAAUUCAUUCGUAAACGAAAUCGAGAAAACAAUCCAUGAAACACGUGCAUAUCUGAAUGAAACUCUCGAUAUUGUUCAGCCUAUAAUUAAAGCUCCUCAAGUAUCAUUGAUUACCAUGGACAUGAACACCGUUCAUCAAACAGUAGAAGAACUCAGUCGAAUUGCUUUUCAUAUUGAAAAGUCUUCUAAUGAGACAAGAGUUAGUUAUCGAUCUAAACAAUCAAAUCCAUUAGUAUUUACGCAAUUGAAAACCAUGCCCAUUAAAUUCGAUAAACAAUCAUUCGAAUGGGAUAAUAAUAUGAAACGACUGGUUAUUCUUAGUGGUUUUCGAGAACGUUUAGAUAUACCCGGUACAAGUUUGCCUGUCGACGAAUAUUCCUUAAGAGAAGUUCAUCAACGUCUAUGCCACGACUUUCCCUUGUUAGAGUAUAGUCUCAAACUUCAAUAUACACAUGCAUUUGGUAAUAUUUGCUAUGAUCCAGCUGCACUCAUGGAUGAUAUCGAACGAAAAAUGAAAGUACUUUCACAAAUUGGCGAUUGGAAUGAAUCAGUAUCGAAAACAAAUCCUCUUAUUCAAGUCAGUUAUAAUUUGAAUGUACUCGUCAGUAAUACACAAUAUUUAUUAAUGAAAAUUCUCGAAAAUAAUGCCGAUAAAUUCGAACUUGAAACAGUUAAAGCCAUCGCUCCGUUUCUAGAGAAUCUAGUUAAAUCUAUUCAUCUAUCAUGUUCCUCGUCAUUUGAAACAAUGUAUUCAGAAUUCUUAGAAUAUAUUCUUAAAGAUCAAUUAGAUUUAUUAUUAGAUCAAGGUUUAAUGUCAAUUAAUAUUUUACACAAUGAACGCAAGAAACUAAUUGAAUCAUUAAGUCACAUACGAUCAGUAAUAGAAAAUUUCGUCGAUCAAUUUAUUUUAUUUUUCAUUCAAUUAGUACAACAGCAUCAACAAAAAGAAAUUGAUUCCUUACAGAAAAAAUAUAGUACAACGAUCAAAAGUCGUUUAAAGCGCGAUAAUAUUUAUCUACUAGAAACUUUAUCAAAGGUAAAUUUAAUGCGUUACUUUCAUUAUGAUGAAAAACUCGACGAAGAAUUUGAUUGGUACAAUCAAUUGACACAAUUUCUCAUUCAAGGCUGGUCACAAGCAUCUCGCUUUCUUCGUACGUUUACAUCAGCAACAACAAGCAAUCAACAAUCGACUGCGAAACGAUUACGAUAUUCAUUUGCUUUCAAAUUAUUAAAUGAAGAAGGACAACGAAUCAUCGUAUUUCUACAGCAAACAAUUGGCGAAUUAGAACGUAAAUAUCCUCAACAGGAAUUAAUCAAUGAUGAGCCCGUCAUAGUUUAUCUUGUUCGAUUAACAAAAUUACUUCGUUAUGAAUUAAUGCGAAUGUCAAUGAUGAAUUUAAAUCAAUUGAAAAUCGAUUUGAAUAAUAUGGAUCGUCUCACUUUGCGGCCAAGUCUGACGCAGGUUCAAUCGACAAUAGACGAUUGGAAUAAAGAAAUCGAUGCAUUGCUUCAACAGAGAAAACGAAUUCGAGAACGAUGGGUACAACGUAUGAAUGAUGAAUUUGAUAGUAAAACUCAACACAUUAGACAAAAAAACGAACGCUUAAAGCAGGAAUAUGAUUUAAAUCGUGAUCGAGUAUGUAAAACAAUUGAAAAAACCAAAUCAGAUUCAAUAAAAAUAUUGCAUGAUAUUAAACUUAUUGGUAAACUUUUGCAAACAGCAAAAUUUAAAUCGAACCAUUUCGAUAUAAUAGACGAGGAUAUUUUAACAAAUGAUUGUGUAAAACUUGUCCGGCUGCUAAUGAAAGCUCAGCAAAAAGUUCCAGUGCCUUGCCAACUGGAUCGAGAAAAGGAAGGAAAAGAGUUAAUGAACAUGAUAAAUAUCGAUUCUGUGCGAAUCGAAAUAAAACUCGUCGAAUAUUUAUAUGAUAAACCCAAACAUAAGCAAUCAAGCCGCGAUAUGUGGGAUAAUAAAAUUCAACUCUUUACAAAGGAGUCCGACACACUCAUAUCCGAAAGCGCAAUAAAACCAUUAAAAUCUUGGACAAUUUCAAAUUAUGUAGAAAAUAUAUUUACACACAUAGUAUUGGAUCCAAUACAUUGUAAAAAGACUUGGUACUUAAAAAUUCUGGCCGGCAAUGGAGACACAGAAAGUUGGACAGAAAUGGGUAUUAUUCAGCUGCAAGACGCUCAUAUUUGUUCAUUUGAAGACAUCGAUGUAUUAUACAAGUUCGGGAAAUACAAUUAUAAUACGAUUAAGAUACGCAUUACUCCUAAUACGUCGAUACAACUCUGUGAUAUUGUGAUUCAAGAGGGUACGGUAAAAAAAGAUGAGCCUAUGGCUACGAUAUCAGAUGAAUUAACGACAGAUCCAAUAACGAUAUAUGACUCUAUUUCGUUGGCCGAUACUUUGGUGGAUCAUCCUUAUUUGGAAUUACUUGAAAAAUAUCGGGAAUUAAAUGCUGAAGACAGAAAGAAACAACUUAGAAAUUGGAUAGAAGAUCUCAAUCGCCUGUGCAAAAACAUUGAAAAAAUAAAGGUAUACGAUUGUGAAAUGCCAAGAUCCCCAAUCUAUUACAAUAUACCUAAACAAGAAAGUAUAGCCGCAACGCCUACCAUUGCACUGGAAAAAGAUAUACAAUUAUUAAAGAUUUCAUCUCCGCCAACGCACCAUUUUCUAAUGACUCAACUGACAUUGAAAUACGAAUAUUUAGAAAGAACAAUAGUACACACAGUGAAUACAUUAAAUACAACGGUUGAUGAAAAUGAACUUAAUCGAAUACAACAUGGCAUUUUUCUAGGAUUUGAUUCAGCUGAUACUUUAAAACGAGAAUUAGAAAUAUUCAAAGAAACCUUUCAUUUCGAAAAAUUAGCAACCACUCUAUCCAAAUUACAUGACGCAUCGCUUGCCAUAGAAAAAGAUUUACAAUCGAAUAUAGAGUUUCGACAGGCUCUCGAUAAAUCAUUGGAAACUUUUCAGCGAAGCGGUGUUCUUGUAAAGUUGAUUGAUAACGACGAUAUUGUAUCAAAAGAAAAUAUAGACAAAGUCUAUACAAUCCGAAUGCGUCUAUUACUUCGUGAUGGAAGUGCACUGGCUCAACGUGAACUGAAUUUUGGUUUAGAAAUCUAUCAUAUUCUAAUUUCCAUUGAAUUAAAUCUAAUUCAAUUGAUUGUUCAUCCACUCGAAACAAAAGAACAUUGUGAAAAAGCGAUUUCUUUACUUGACACAAUAAAGCACCAUAUUAUUCGAAAACAACAACAAACAUUGAUGAAUGAAAAACAAUUAACUACGUUUCAAGUGAUUAUCGAUGAAACAUUAGUACUAAUUCAUGAACGAAAAAAACAAAUGCGUUCUAUUACACAGCCACCACGUCUAAAUAAUAUAAAUGAGAUAAGUAAAAAGGUCAAUGUUACAACAUUGAUGAAAUCAACUGGCUCACCAUCUACUAGUAAAAUAACGAUCAACAAACAGAACGGUGAUUAUUUCGGAUCUCAUUCAUCAAUAGUUAUACAACUAGGACAAAUCAUUCAGAAUUGGUCCUAUGCACAAUUACAUACAAAAUCGAUUCAAAUUGUAAAUAAUAGUGAUGAUGAAAUUAAUUUUGAGAUGUCAUCGAAUUCAGAUAAGCAUACUCAAUCAGCAUUCGUUAUUCGUUCCUCAUCAUCUGUUGUUGAUCCACAUGAUUCAAGUACUAUCAAAAUCACACCAAAUAGUCAAUGUAUUGAAGGCAAAUAUCAAGAACGUUGGCAAUUGAAGCUAGGAAAUGAUCGAUUGAUCAUUUCUGUUAUUCUAUGUUGCGAAAUAAAAUCAUUUUCAAUUGACAUCGAUCUACCAUUAUUUGAAGUAGCAGUUGAUGAUCAAUCAUUGAAUCAAUUAAAAACGUACUUAAUUGAUUUUGGUCUAGCACUUACCUGUUCUGGUAAAUAUGAAAAACGUGCGUUUACUCUUCAAAACCCAACAGCACUCGAUCUCCGGGUUAAAAUACGUCGAGAAGGUGGUGCUAUUGGGAAAUUUGAGAUCGAUAGUAAAUAUUCAACAUUUAUUUUACUUGCCUACGAAUCCAAAAUAUUGAAUAUUGAUUGGUGCAUACAAGAUAUAGUUCAAGAUGCUAAAUGCGUCUAUGAAAUUUAUUUUAGUAAAGACUUCAAAGUUCGAAUUAUUUGUUUAGGAAAAUCGCGAAGAAUUUCCUUUGAUCUCAUUUAUAGAUCAAUACCUUUAACAGAAAGAAAAUUUUCUAUUGACUUAGAAUCAUGUAUUCCUGGUACCACUCUAUACGAAGAACUUACAGUACGCAAUACGGGCGAAGUAAAAAUGGUCGUGGAAUCAAAGCCCGAAAAUUCUUCUAAACUUGUUGUUACUAGACUAUCUCACGGACAAGUUCUCAUCGAACCAGGUGCAUCGUUAAUAUUGAAAAUUGAGUUACAAAUCAAAGAUGCACACCGAAUUAUUGACAAUCUAAUUGAUUUUCUUUUUCCAAAUGCAAGUCAACGUCCGUCAUUUAAAUUAAUACUCAAGACAACAUCUGGCUGGCCUGAAUUUGAUAAAUUUCACUUUGGUUCUCUGACGAAACUUCAAGUUUCUGAAGAAGCUAACGAAACCGCAGGUCAACUCAUUCUGCAAAACAAAGGUCCAGUAAAAAUGCUAAUUGAUGAUAUACAUACAACAUCGACACACGUUACCAUCAAUAAUCAUGUCCUACUUCCAUUUAUCAUCUUACCUCAACAAACCAUUGAAUGCCAUUAUAUAUAUACAGUUCAAAAGAAAUCAGCCUCGUUCGAUUGUGAAUUUGUUCUGAAAACUAAUUGUAAAGAGCCAAUACAUCGUAUUCCAUUCCAUUGUAAACGAAUGGCUGCAAUCAUUUCAUUCGAUCAAAAUAUUCUUCAUUGUGGCACACGAGCACCAGAAUCAAAAAUUCUACCGUUUUCAAUUACGGUUAAAAACGAUGGAAAUGUAUCUGCAAAGUUAGAAUACGAAACAGAAGAGAAUUCUAUAUUCAGUUUCAAAUUUGCGAAUAAUGAAAAAAACUUCAUAAUAUCUCCCCUUCAUCCGAAAAAAAUUGCAUGUAACGUUGAAAUAAAAAAAACUGCACCAAUCGGUAAUUUCAAAAUCGAUCAACGUUUAGUUGCUCGAUCUUCAGAAAAAACAAUCAAAAAAUAUAAAUUAAUCAUUACCGGACGCAUUGAACCUAAAGAUAAAUCGACAGGUAAGAUAGAGCCAAUUGAUCUUCCAUCGCCAUUGAAACAUUUAUCUCAAUCCGAAAUCGAAAAACGAUUGAUGCAAUUACUCGAAGACACCACAAAUCUAUAUCGUCAACGUGCAGCUACAGCGAUUGCUCCAGUCAUAAUUCUAAUCGAUGGGUUAGUACAUUCAGAUCCAAAACGUUCAGAUACCCCUGAAGAUUUGACAUGUGAUCUGAUAGUGUCGGCUAUUGAGUCUGAUAGUCACCAAGUAGCAACAUAUACAAAUAAUAUCCACGAAAAGAUCCAAUAUACAUUUGGCAAACUAACAACAGUAGAGUGGAGACUUAUGUAUGAAAAAAUGGACGCAAUUUUGAAUGGGCAUUUGCCACAGGCUAUUAUAGGCGUAGAAGGAAUGACACAAACCGAAAAUCUAUCGUUAGCAGUUAAUUGCGCUGAAAAACUAUCGAUUCUUUUCGAACAACAUGGAAAAACUGAACACGAACAAAUAUUGGCACGUUUGAUUGAAUAUGAAAAGAAUAAUCAUAAGGAUCCUAGUAAAGAACACUUGGCAAACAAACGCUUACUUGAUUAUGCAAGUGAUUUAGUGAUGAAUCAAGAGGAAGCUCAAAAACUAUCGAACAGUGAUAAGCAGCAAUUGAGGAAUUUGAUGGAAAAAGUUGUUAGUACAGUUGAAACAGUGGAGAAAACGAAAAAUCCAGAAAAGGCAUUAAGUACGCUUAUCUCAGAAAUGACAACUGAAACGAACCGCGAUCCACUGAAAUUUCUCGAUCGACUAUUAGAAUUAUCAUCGAAUGGUGAAUCGAUCAAUGAACAAGUCAUUUUACAAAAAAUGUUUGAGUCGAAUAUACCGCUGACUGAAUGUCAACUUGUUACACAGGCGAUAGCUACAUCGGACAAUACGCUAUCUGUUUCUACUGUUUUCGAUUACGUUCAAGAACAAUUAGACGAUAAAAAUGAAUCAAAAAAUAUCGUCGAAUUCAUGAAAUUAAGCGAACGGAUUUCGAAUGAAGAGUUUGAGCCAUCAUUAAACGAUGUAUCCGCCUUCCCGGGUAUUCUUGCUUCGCUAUCACCCGGUUUGAGUUCAACCGAGAAGAACACUCUUCAAGGUUUACAAAGUAUCAUUUCGAAUUUGACAGAUGGAAUUAGACGAGCAGACAAAGCAGGUCGAGACUGGAAAAUGUUUAUUGACGAUAUAUGUACAAUAUUGCAAGCUCAUAUUGAUCAAACGACUAUUGACUCGCUGCGAACAGUGCUCACAAUUACGCUACUAUCGGACCAGACAUCGGCUUGUGAUAAUCAAAUUUCUACGAAUAUUGUUUCUUCGAUGUUAAAUUUUGGAAAUGAUCGUUGCCGAUUAUUAUCUUGUGAUUUGAAAAAACUAAUGGAACCCAAAGAUUCAUUCAAUCUUUUGGAAUCAGUUCUAUCAUUAACAUGUAACUGCCGUCAAUUGAAAUCAAAACAAAUCGCUUGGAUGGAAAUAUUACAGAAGCAUUUUGCAGGAUUCCAAUCAGGACCAAUAACACCAGAUUCGAUUACGAGUUUUGUUAAAACAGCCAAAGAAUCUUUUAUCGACGAAUUGAAAUUACCAGAUCAUAGAAAACUCAAUAAUCAUUUAGUAAGCAUAGUAGAUAGUAUUCAGAACAAGAGAAUAAUUCCUUUAAUGCAAACCAUUUCUGAUAUUUGCGAUUUAAUGAAUCCAAUCGAUAAAGAACAAAAAGUUAACGAUGAAUUAAUAAGAGUCAUUUCGCAUGUGACAUCAACGACUAUGACACAAUUAGAAGUAUUGGAACAGGGUAUUAAACUAGCAAGUCAACUGAACGAUAGCGAUAUUGGAUUGAAACCAAUCGAACAUCUUAACACAUUAUUGGAAUCCUAUAAAAAUUUGAUGCCAGCUAUGAAUGGAGAAUUUACACAAGCAAAUAUUUCGAAUUUUAUCGAUCAAACGAUUGAGUGUAUUCCUGAUGAGCAUAUGAAACAAUUUCUCAAACCAAUUUCAAAUGCAUUGGACAGUUUGAGUAACAACAAGAAUCCGACGAUGAUCGUCAUUGAUGAAGUUCUUCAUCUCAUACCUGAUGAACAAAUUUCUAAUCAAGCUAAAGCUAUCUUAGGAUCUACUCCAGAAAUAAUUGUUGGUGAUGUGAAACAAAAAAUUCUUGAAUUAGCACACGGAAUCAUCUCUAUAGACUCGUCAGAGAUCAGUCUAGGAAGAAUACUCGAUAGAGGAAUAGAAGAACCAAUUCAAGCACUGAAAUCAAUUUCAGUUUUACUUCCAGAAAAUCUUCGAUUGGGAUUUAACGAAGGUGUAAAACAAUUGACUUCUUCAGAUGCAGUACAAAAUAAAGUCGUCAAUACCAUAACUGAAUUAUACGGAGCGGAAACAGGAAAUGUCCUACAAGUAUCGUUGAAUGCAUUGAAUUUAUUGUCAACAGACAAACUACAAUCAUUGAAAUAUUUAUCACAACUAAUGCCCAAUAAAGAAGUUCAAACAGUUUUUGAAAACAUGGAACAGUUCAGUCGGUUAGAAACGUGCGAAUUAAAACAUAUAAUCCACACAACGUUUGACUUAGCUUCAGUUCUUGCACCCAAGAAAACAUCUGUCAUGUUGCGAACUGCUGGCAAUAUCUAUGAAAAAUUGACAAAUCAUCAGGAAAUUGACGCAAUCAAAGAUGCUCUCACGCUUAUUCCACAUGUGCCAGAACAAGCUCAAAAGGUCAUGUCAUCGUUAACUCAACUGAUGAAACAACCAAUAACGAAAGAGAAUCUACUAGGUUGUGCUUUUGAUGCAGCCAUAGGUAUCGUCGAUGAGAAAACGGCGAAAUCAUUGAUUGUUGCACAAAAUGUCGUGAAUCAGAUACAAAAUAAUGAUCUUCAAGCAGUAGUUCAUUCGAUAACAAAUGAAUAUUUUCCAGAGCAUGCAAACAAAAUCGAUAUAGCUAUGGCUAUAGCAAAGUCAGCUGCUAAAGUUCUCUCGAAAACAAAUGAUCCGCUACAAUUGUUCAAUAGUCUAAUGAAUGACGACAAUUUAAAGUCAUAUUUACCACCAGAAUUAAAGAGUGUUUAUACUAUGGCUCAAGAGCUACAAACAAUUGUCAAGCACAAAGCUAUGGCAACUGAAGAUAUAGCCAAGUGUGCAUUGAAUAUGGGAGCAUCAUUUUUACCCCCAGAAUAUGCAGAACAAGUUCAUGCUGUUGUGGAUAUAAUGGAUGCUAUUCAAUCGAAAAAUCCACAAAAAAUACUUGAUCAUUCGUUGAAUGCCAUCAGUACUAUUCUUCCAGACGAGGUUCGUCCGUUCGUUCAAUCAGUUAUGCCAUUACUGCAGAAAAGGCUCAACAAGCAAUCGAUUAGCUACGAAGAUAUGAUAGAUGCUGCUGGUUCCAUGAUCGGUGGUAAAGGGCAACAAAUACUGGUCGCAAGCAAACCAUUGGUGAAAGCGUUAACGUCUGGAAAGCCUCUUUCGGGUGAUAACUAUCUUCAGCUAGCUACCGAUCUACUCACUGCAGCUGGUGUAGAUAAAGAUGUAGUUAAUGCACUAGAGAAAGGCAGAACUGUAUACAGAAAUGUUCAAAAAAUAACUGAAUGCGUUUCGGCCCUAUCUAAAGCAACUACAAUAUCUGCAAAAGUAGCUCAAAUAGGUUCCAUUGCAACAGCUGCAAUGUCCAUACUCACAGAAAUUAUACCUGGUAUACCAGAGUCAGUUAAACAUGCUUCUGCAAUCAUAGGUGGCAUAGUUACACUUCUGAUGGCUACCAAUCCAGUAGGUCUCGUGCUAGCCGCCAUAGGCUUAGCUCUCUCCCUCUGCGGUGCAUUCAGUGGAUUGUUCGGCGGUGGCAGUGGCGAUGGCGGUGGAUCUGACAGUUCAAGUACUGGUGGAACUGGCAGUGCAAGUACUGGUGGAACUGGUAGUGUACGUACUGGUGGAACUGGUAGUGCAAGUACUGGUGGAACUGGUAGUACUGGUGGAACUGGUAGUGUAAGUACUGGUGGAACUGGCAGUGCACGUACUGGUGGAACCGGCAGUGCAAGUAGUAGUACAGAUAUCGGUAGUGAAUAUAGGGCUAAACCGAUUGGUUCCAGUGAUGAAGCUAAGAGCCACCCCAGCGGUGCCAGUAAUGGUACUGGACUCAGUGACAAAGCAAGUGUUAGCAGUAGUGGUAGUACAGGCAGUGGGACGCCAAGUGGUGCUACUAAAGAAGCAGAUAGCCACGUAAGCAGUACAAGCGAUGGUAGUGAAGUGCUGUCGUCAAUGGCAGCUGCAUCAUCAGGCAGACCUAGUGAAGGUUCAACAACAAAGAAGACUAUUUCUGAUCGCACCACCAGCGAGAAUCCAUUAGCGAACAGGCGUGGAAAAAUAUCAGGCGACACAAAAUUCACUGAUUAUCACUCUGGUGAACCAACGAGUCCUCUCUUAAUGAGUGAACCAAGUGAGGAAGUUAAAGAAGAAGCAGUAGCUGAAGUAAAGAAGCUGGCAACGGAAGCUGCCGAGUUGAGUAAAAAGUCAGAGCAGCAAGUGUCCAGUAUAGCUAAGGAAGAUGAAUUAGUAUUGACAGAAACAAUAACAUGUUUAGCAACAGCAACUGCGAUCAGCAAUAAAAUUCAAGCAGCUAUGAACACUUUACAACAGAUGGUAGCGAAUAAUAUGAAAAAAGAAAUUGAUAGCUUAGCCCAAACAACGUUAUGCCAAGUUAUCGAAAUAUCCCUACAAUUGUAUCAAUCAUUGGAGGAGAUUGAUAAAUGUUCAAGCGAUAUUAAUGGUCAUAUAAAACAGAAAUGUCAAGAAAUAAGGAAGGACUUAAUUCAAGUUUUAGAUAAACUUAGUGGCUCAGAUUCGUUGCGAAAAAUGUGUAAAUUAAACAAGAAGAGCGAUAUGGCUGAUGAUUACGACAUACCUGAAGAUGGAAAUAUUUCUGAUCUGCCUGAUCAUAUGCAAGGUCAGCAGCAAAGAACAAAUCUUGAUAACGUGAAACAACUUUUACAAGGAUUUGAAGAUUCAAAAUUUGAGCAAGGUGAAAUAAUCGGCAAUCCAAUAUUGCACAAGCUAGGCAUUCAAUUGAAUAAUAUUCUAUCGAAUCACGAGAGCGAGUUGAAUUCUGCAUUGGAUGAUGGUAGCGAAGAUCCUGAGAAAUCUGACACUGAUGAGCAAGCAUUAGCAAAAGAAGGCUCAACAGCCGCGAAUCGUGAUGUCUCUCUAGUAAUAGAUGAUGAUGGGAGAGUGGAAAAUUCUGACGCAGAAAACGUUUCACCGAAAGUAGACAUCAAAGAAGCUGGGGUCGUUCGUGUUCAAAUUGGAAAUAAUAUUGGUUCAAAUACAGGAACAACCGAUUCAAAAUCGAAAGAUGAAAGUAAAACGGUAAAAAUCAGUAAAAAUGACCUAGAUAAAUUGAAAGAACGCUCAAACAACAUGUACGCAAAUCUUUUACAAUCGGUCAACAAGUGCGAUAUCGGAAAGAUUAGUGAAAGUUGUGAUCCUGAGGAUUUACCCAAUACUAAAUUAGAUAAGCCUCGAUAUGCUCUAUUAGCCCGACUUACACGAAAUAUUCAAGGUAUGCUAUUGACGCGUUUACGUUCAGCAUUAACAAAACAGUAUAGUAAACAACAAACAGAACAGGACGAUCUACAAUUUGAGUUUGUAUUUUGCGUUGAUAAUAGUGGAAGCAUGAGUGGGAAAAAAAUCCGAGAAGCACUGACUACAUUAGUCAUUCUUAUGGAGACAUUUCGUCGUCUGGAAUGGAAAUUUGCCGUUCUUCGAUUUGGCGCCGAACAAAAAAUCCUUAAAUCUCUAGGGCAUGAAUCAAUGCAUGACACUGUUAAAUCAGGAACGAGUCCAAUCACUACUACUACUACUACCGCCACCAGUGAAUCACUUAGUCUUCAACAAAAACAAGUGGCACGAGGACAAUACAUUCUCGAGUCCUUUACGACCGAUGAGAAAACAUUGCCUGCAACAGCUUUAAAGCAAAUCGCUGAAAAUAAAGAACUUUUCGGUAAUACAAUAAAACCGAAUGUCAAACGUUUUAUUAUCAUGAUUACUGAUGGUAUCUCAGCUCAAACAGAAGUUGACUUAUUCACAACACAAUUACAAAAGGCACAUGCUGAUCUUUAUAUGGUUUGCAUUAUACCUGAAUUGCCGAAGUCCGGCGAUAGCAGAUUCUCCGAUGAUUAUAGGAAUUUCGCUGUUGAACAUGAGAAAAAAGCAAAAGAAUUCAUACAACGUGUCGCUCCUGAACGAAAUCAGUUAAUUGAAAUUGGGCAACUUGAUACUUUAACAAAAACAGUUGUCGGUGAUCUUAUCACUAUCAUCGAACAAUCAAUUUUAGUACAUACAAACAAUUCAGCUACACCUGAAACUAAAACAUCGACAGCGAAUGCAAUUAAAUUUCAACAAUUAAGUGCCUUCACUUUAUCGGAUGCAAGAAAUGUUGAUUUAUGGACACAUCCAGAUAUUGCUCUUGCCGGUCAAUUCUAUGUCAGCGAUUCCAGACAAAAACUUGAACAGCAAGCAUUCCAACAACAAAUGAAUAUUGAUUUCUCAAGUGCUUCCAAUGAAUUCAUAGAAAAUUUAGAUAAAACAAUGGAUGCACUAGAGAAAAGUUAUUCGAAUUUGGAACUACAUGAUACAAUUCUUAGUGAUACAGAUAAACGCUUACAACAAAUUGAACAACACCUAGAAACAUAUAUUGGUGAACUAGUACGAACCAUGGAAGACAAUGUUCUUCCAGCUUAUAAGCCUACACAAGCUCUACCAGAUACGAAAGGCAAUCGAUUAUUUAUACCAGGUAUUGUUAAAUUUAUUUGUACACAGGGGCAAUACAAUCGAAUCUAUUUAAAUCAAAUUGGUUCACAAAAACCAGAAUAUCGUAUAGCAAUUCUCCUCGAUCAAUCAGUAUCAAUGACUGGACCAACGUACUUUUCAUCUGUCGACAUAUUACUUUCCAUUUGUGCGGCAUUAAACAAAACAGGUAUCGAAGAUUUUAGUGUUUUAACGUUCGGAAAGUGUAUAGAGCUAGUGAAGAGUUACAAGCAAAGCUAUGAUCGUUUAUUUUUACACCAUUUAUUGAAUGCAUUGAAAAUCGAUGGUGAAACAACAUUGUUAAGUGACGCUAUCUUUGCAGCUUCAGAAUUACUACAACAACAAUCAGCACACAACAAUAAUCAUGGUCCAAUGUUUAUUUUCGUAUUGACUGAUGGUUAUGAUAAACGUGGCAGUUUCAUACAGCGUAUCAUUGCUCAUGCAGAGCAGCGUUCGAUUACUGUCAUUGGAAUUGGACUUGGGCUUGAAUCGAAUGGUGUUUGCUUGUCAUUCAAUGAUUGGAUUGUUGCACAAAAUCCACGUCUAGUCUGUGAUGCAUUGAUUAAUUGGUCAAAUGAACUAAGCGAUGGGCACACACCGAAUGAUCCACUUUAUCAUGUAGAUAAGACAUCGACGUUCAUUGGAGAUGAUAAUAAGGCCUAUUCAUCGACAGACCAAGUAUGGAACGAAGAAAUGAAAACACACUUUGAUGCUGUCACACAAAGCACGAAACGUACUAUCGAUUUAACAUUCUCCAGCAAUGUUCAUAAUGCACCACUAACCGUUGAAAUAUGUUUCGUGUUGGAUUGUACCGGCUCCAUGGGAAGUUGGAUUGAAGCUUGUAAAAAAUAUAUCAAGGCGAUCGGCGAUGGAAUACAGAAGGACAUGCAAGAAAAAUUUGACAAACAUAGUGUUCUACGAAUGGCAUUUGUUGCCUAUCGUGACUAUACUGAUUCAAAUCGUUUCGAUUUAAUUGAUUUUCAUCAAGCGCCUAAUAUUGCACCAGUUGAAGCUAAAAUUGCUAGUCAAAGAGCGACGGGUGGUGCCGAUAUGUGUGAAGAUGUUCAAGGUGGGUUAGAUAAAGCUUUGAAAUUAAGCUGGACAAAAGAUGGUAGUUCACGAGCAGCACAGAUACUAGUUUGGGUUGGUGAUGCGCCUGGUCACACACCGUUUUGUCAUGACCAAGGAUCAGGUUGGGAUAGCUAUCUUGGUGGUUUACCAGAUGUGCCACUGAUGGAAAAUCUUAUUAAUCAAAUCAAAGAUCGUGGGAUAUUUCUACUGUUAUCUGAUUUCACUACAUAUGUUCAAACGAUGCUACAAAACAUUGAAGCGAUCUAUAAAAGAGAUAAGAAAGAGAACCUUGUUAAACGAGUCAAAUUAAAUAAAAGUGAUACAUCAUCACUCUUGAACGAAGUGAUGCAACAAGUUAACACGAUCAUUGCAAGUGAAUUCAUGUAG